AAAUACGCACGUCGUUGGAAAAAAAAAAACGCCGGCCAACGAACGACAGACUCACUCUCGAUUUGCUCAUCUGAUGUCACUCGCAACAAACUUUACAUCACUGUCUCUUAACCCCGAAGAGGCAGCAUAGAAAAGUUCACGGGCGAUUGAUUCAACAACUCAAUUUUACACAUUAUCCACUAACCUAAUCGAAAUAAUAUUAUCUAUAAGAAUUCGAACAACAACAAUUGGUCAAAAUGCUUCGAUCACAUUUGCUUCGCCCCUCUCUUUCAACUGUCUCAUUCUCUCCUUCUCCUCGAUCCCUUAUUAAGCCACUUCUUUCCUUCCCAAAUUCUCAAUACGCGACCAUGUGUAGUUAUACGGCGUCGUCUUCUGGGCUCUCAAGCAAGCUCUUGUUUCGCCAGCUUUUCGAGAAGGAGUCCUCUACUUAUACCUAUUUGCUUGCCGACGUCUCUCACCCUGAUAAGCCUGCUCUGUUGAUUGAUCCAGUUGACAGAACAGUGAACAGAGACCUCUCUCUUGUGAAAGAGCUAGGGUUAAAGCUAAUUUAUGCUUUGAACACUCAUGUACAUGCUGAUCAUGUAACCGGAACCGGCUUAAUUAAGACCAAGGCUCCAGGAGUCAAAUCUAUUAUUUCAAAAGCAAGCAAUUCCAAAGCUGAUCUUCUAAUUGAAGCUGGUGAUAAAAUUCGUUUUGGUGAUCUUUUUCUUGAGGUAGCACUGAUCUUGCUUGUUCGAGCUACUCCAGGUCAUACUCUAGGUUGUGUUACUUAUGUUACUGGUGAUGGGGCUGAUCAGCCCCAACCAAGGAUGGCUUUUACUGGUGAUGCUCUACUAAUACGGGGAUGUGGAAGAACUGAUUUUCAGGGUGGAAGCUCACAUCAGCUCUAUCAGUCGGUGCAUUCGCAGAUAUUCAGCUUGCCCAAGGAUACUUUGGUCUAUCCUGCCCAUGAUUACAAGGGAUUCACUGUUAGCACUGUUGGAGAGGAAAUGCUAUAUAAUCCUAGGCUCACCAAAGAUCAGGAAACUUUUAAGAGUAUAAUGGAAAAUUUGAACCUUCCAUAUCCAAAGAUGAUUGACAUAGCUGUUCCUGCUAACAUGGUCUGUGGAUUACAAGAUUUAUCUGUGAAGCCUGUUGAGGCCUUGUCAAACCAGAAAUAAUCAGUGGCUGCAAUUGUUCUGCCUUGUAUACCUAGCACGUGAUCAAGGAUUCAUUUUGGGCUUUGUGUACUUGAUUAAGGAGAAAUACAAAAAGUUUUAACACUGAGAACGGUUUGGGGUUCUUCUGGGCUAAAGAUGACCAUGCAAACAAAUUUCCUUGAGCUGGUAAUAGAAUCUUUUGGUAAAAAUAUUAGUUAUAAUCAUUGGCUAAUUGACUUUAUAACAGUUCUGUAAAUCAUGCAUAUAGUGAUGCGGAAAAUCCAUUUUCAAACUUGAAACAACAUAAAAGCUCAAUUGGUAAUUUUCAGUAUCUCAAAAAAGGUCUAAUAGUAGUUUAGUGUCUAAAGUUAGUUGCUGGGGCUUGUUUAAUGGUUCUUUUGGUUGAGUCGGUUGAUUUUGAUUGGUAAGGUAGAUAAGCUAGUACCAGUGGCAAUCUGAUAGAAUUUUUAGUGCAUGGAAAGAAGAGAAUGCUAGCGGAAAUCAGGGAAUGUGCCAAGAAUAGUACUUGUAGUGACCAGGAUUGGAUGGAUUGGGUUUAGGAUUGAAUGACUCUAUUUUCUUUUCUUUCAUGUGGAAGGGGGUGUUUGGCUGCUAAGUGAGGCAGGGAAGAGAGAGAAAAUGAGAGAAAGUGAACAAAAAACUAGGUUCUCCCAUUCUUAGAGAAAAACUUUAAAAAGAUAUAGUGAGGUACAUCUCCCUUGAAUAGUUUUUUUAAUGGUGAAAAUUAGUGAAUUACAUAAAACAAUAUUUGAAAGAAAAAGUGAUAAAAAAGAGGGAACAAAGCUGGGAAUUUUUGGAUUUCCAAUUUCAAGGUAAUAUUUUUGAGCAAGUUUCAUUUUCUUCUUCUUUUCCUAGUAACUGAUAUAAAUUGACAAUUUUACAUCUUCUGAGAUUAAGAUGUCAAACUUGUUUCUUUAUUUGAAUUUCCUUUCAAGCCUGUAGUAGCCUGUAGGAAACAUUCUGGUUUGUGUUCUAUUGUUUUGAUUAAUGAAAAAUAAAAGAUAUAAAAUUUGAAACUUCAAGGUCAUUUUUAUAGCCAUCUGUAUGUAGGGGGAUGGUUUCAAUUUGAUUCUUUUAGUGUUUUCAAAAGAAAAAAAGAUUUGAUCCUUUCAGUGAUAGACAUAGUACAUGGCACAGAUAGGUCUCAAAUUUAAGGACUUGACUGCACAUUUUCUUUAGUUUAGAGAUUCAAUUGAACAUUUUCUGCUAGGUUAGGGACUAAAGGUAUCCUACUGUAUUUUUUUCAGUGUGUAUGCGCAUAGCAUUUUAAGGUUUGUAUAUUUCCUGUCUGAGGGGAAUAAGGUUUUUGAACACUUCAAGUUUUCCUCCAUGCAUGAUUGAUAGUUAAUCUGACUUCAACUGUUAGUAUGGCUUUCUGUUCAUUAGCGUCCAUCUGAACCCAUGGCAGUCGUUUUGAGAAGAGUAUGUUAAUUCAUUUUUAGUUGUUGAUGUCCCAAUUUAAGCAAUCUACACCAUCCAUCCAAUGGGCAUGGUUUUUAC